GCUCCAGCCCGUGUAGGAGCUGCGGGCGAAGCGUGCUAGGAACCCGCCGCUCCCCUGUCCGGGGCGAGGCAGGGGGUCAGGACUGCCCCGGACCCUGCCGCUGUUCCCGAGGAGGGUGGCAGAAAGUUUGGCUUUGCUUCGAGCCGGAGAAAGUACCUGCGAGAGCUCGGCCGUCCCUCCGCCCCUCCUGCCCGAGGGAGGCGCUUCCUGGGGUGGCUGCAGGCGGGGGAGCGUUGCGAGCGCGGACCGCCGAGGCGGCGAUGUCGUUCUGUCCGCUGGCACUGCGAUGUCCUGACAGCCCCGAGCCGGGUGAGUGCCGGGCUGAGCUCCGCGGACAGCCGGCUGUGUCUUUGCUAACCGUGACCGCUUGAUCGGAGGGAAAUUUGCUUUCUUCACCCACUCCUGAGCAAAUUGCUGCUUUGGAAGUUUGUAAACCUGCGCUCGUGUACCGAGUGUGAAGUGAAGAAGUAAAGUCUCCCAGCUGAACUACUAUGAGGUCAGAAGCCUUGCUGCUAUAUUUCACACUGCUACACUUUGCUGGGGCUGGUUUCCCAGAAGAUUCUGAGCCGAUCAGUAUUUCGCAUGGCAACUAUACAAGACAGUAUCCGGUGUUUGUGGGUCACAAGCCGGGACGGAACACCACGCAGAGGCACCGGCUGGACAUCCAGCUGGUCACGGUCAUGAACAGAACCCUCUACAUUGCUGCUAGGGACCAUAUUUAUACUGUUGAUAUGGACACAUCACAUACAGAAGAAAUUUAUUUUAUCAAAAAAUUGACGUGGAAAUCUAGACAAGCUGAUGUAGACACAUGCAGAAUGAAGGGAAAACAUAAGGAUGAAUGUCAUAAUUUCAUUAAGGUUCUCCUAAAAAGAAACGAAGAUACAUUGUUUAUCUGUGGAACAAAUGCAUUCAACCCUUCUUGCAGGAACUACAAGGUGGAUACACUGGAGUUCCUGGGUGAUGAGUUCAGUGGAAUGGCUAGGUGCCCCUACGAUGCAAAGCAUGCCAACGUUGCGUUGUUUGCAGAGGGAAAGCUGUAUUCUGCCACAGUGACUGACUUCCUAGCAAUAGAUGCAGUCAUAUACCGGAGCCUUGGAGAAAGCCCAACUCUGCGGACAGUGAAACAUGACUCAAAGUGGUUGAAAGAACCAUACUUUGUCCAGGCAGUGGACUACGGCAAUUAUAUUUACUUCUUCUUCCGGGAAAUAGCAGUGGAAUACAACAGCAUGGGAAAGGUAGUUUUCCCGAGGGUGGCUCAGGUUUGCAAAAAUGAUAUGGGAGGAUCUCAGAGAGUGCUGGAAAAACAGUGGACUUCCUUCCUCAAGGCUCGUUUGAACUGCUCAGUUCCGGGUGAUUCACACUUCUACUUCAACAUACUGCAGGCAGUUACAGAUGUUAUCCAUUUCAAUGGCCGGGAUGUUGUUUUAGCAACCUUCUCCACUCCAUAUAACAGCAUCCCUGGCUCUGCAGUCUGUGCCUAUGACAUGCUUGACAUUGCCAAUGUAUUCACUGGGAGAUUCAAAGAACAAAAGUCUCCAGACUCCACAUGGACACCGGUUCCUGAUGAAAGAGUGCCCAAACCCAGACCAGGUUGUUGUGCUGGCUCUACAUCAUUAGAAAAAUACGCAACCUCUAGUGAGUUCCCAGAUGAUACUCUGAACUUCAUCAAAACACACCCACUGAUGGAUGAGGCUGUACCUUCUAUUGUCAAUCGACCCUGGUUCCUGAGAACGAUGGUCAGAUACCGCCUGACCAAAAUUGCUGUCGACUCUGCUGCUGGACCAUUUAAGAACUACACUGUGGUUUUCUUGGGAUCAGAGAAAGGAAUCAUCCUGAAGUUCUUGGCACGGACAGGAAACAGCGGUUUCCUAAACGACAGCCUUUUCCUGGAGGAGAUGAACAUCUACAAUCCUGAAAAGUGCAGUUACGAUGGCAUGGAAGACAAGCGUAUUGUGGCUAUGCAGCUUGACAAACCCAGCAGCGCCCUUUACGUUGCCUUCUCCACCUGUGUCAUCAAGGUUCCCUUAGGGCGGUGUGAGCGUCAUGGCAAAUGCAAAAAGGCCUGCAUAGCAUCCAGAGACCCCUACUGCGGCUGGGUGAAGGAGAGUGGGGCGUGCACACAGCUGGUCCUUGGUGCUAAGCUGGUGUUUGAGCAGGACAUAGAACAUGGCAAUACAGAUGGCUUGGGGGACUGCCAAAAUUCCUUCGUAGCCCUGAAUGACAUUUCAACUGCUUCACCUGAUUAUGAAAUGUCUUACAACACAGUGUAUGGACAUUCCAGUUCACUAGUUCCAAGCACCACCUCUUCCGACUCUUGGGCUCGACAGGGUUAUGAUGCUAGGGGACGCAUGCUGGAUUGGAAGGAUCCGCUUGGUUCAUCCGAAAAUACAGAUCCAUAUGUGGCAGUUUCAUCCCAUAAUCAUCAAGACAAGAAGGGAGUGAUUCGUGAGAGUUACCUGAAGGGUCAUGAUCAGCUGGUGCCGGUCACCCUGUUGGCCAUUGCAGUAAUUCUAGCUUUUGUAAUGGGGGCCGUCUUUUCGGGCAUCAUAGUGUACUGUAUCUGUGACCAUCGCCGCAGGGAUGUGGCUGUUGUGCAGAGAAAGGAGAAGGAACUGACCCACUCCCGCCGUGGCUCCAUGAGCAGUGUUACCAAGCUCAGUGGCCUCUUUGGAGAUGCUCAGUCCAAAGAACCAAAGCCUGAAGCUAUCCUCACACCUUUGAUGCACAAUGGCAAGCUGGCUACGCCAGGCAGCACUACCAAGAUGCUAAUCAAGGCUGACCAGCACCAUCUGGACCUGGCUGCCCUGCCAACCCCGGAGUCCACCCCAACCCUGCAGCAGAAAAGGAAGCCCAGCCGUGGCAGUAGAGAGUGGGAAAGAAACCAGAACCUCAUCAAUGCCUGCACAAAAGAUAUCCCCCCAAUGGCCUCACCCGUGAUCCCAACUGACCUGCCACUCAGGGCUUCUCCUAGCCACAUUCCCAGUGUUAUGGUUCUGCCCAUUGCCCAGCAAGGCUACCAACACGAGUAUGUUGACCAGCCAAAAAUAAGUGAUGGGGCUCAGAUGUCUGUGGAGGACCAGAAUGCCACCCUUGAGUACAAAACCAUCAAGGACCACCUCAGUAGCAAAAGCCCCAGCCGUGGGAUUAACCUGGUGGAAAAUCUUGACAGCAUGCCGCCAAAGGUACCUCAGCGGGAAGCCUCACUCGGGCCCCCGAGCACCUCCCUGUCUCAGAGUGGCCUGAGCAAGCGGCUAGACAUGCAUUCUUCUGCUUACAACGUGGACUACAAGAGAAACUACCCUACAAACUCACUGACAAGAAGUCACCAGGCGUCGACCCUCAAAAGAAACAACACCAACUCCUCUAACUCAUCACACCUCUCUCGAAAUCAGAGCUUCGGCAGGGGUGACAACCCACCGCCAGCUCCGCAGCGGGUGGACUCCAUACAAGUCCAUGCUGCACAGGCACAGGCCAUGAUUGUAUCACGACAGCCGAGUCUCUCCACGUACAAUUCUCUGACCAGGUCAGGGUUGAAACGCACGCCCUCGCUAAAGCCAGACGUACCUCCCAAACCUUCCUUUGCUCCGCUCUCCACGUCCAUGAAGCCCAAUGACGCGUGUACAUAAUCACAGUGGGGUGGGUGGGGGGGAGAACAGCAGUUAAGCAGAAGUUGCCCUUGAAAGCCAGUGUUCUGCAACUGCUCCUCUGAGAAGAUGGUUGUUGCAAGCUGAGGACGUAUUGUUUCUGCUCUCUGGGAAAAGUGGAAUAUUUUUUUAACCCGAGCCAUAUGACCUAUGGUUGAAGGUUUGCAAUCGCAGGACUCGCCCCCACAGCUCUUCAGUUCUUUGCUCAAAGGACUAGCUCUCCAUCACAAACAUUGAGCCAAAAGCACACAGGUGAAAGAUGACUGUGACAUUUCACCCCCCCUCUCCCCCAAACUGCACAGUGCAUUCCUGAACUGGGAAAGAGUGCUCUGGAAAGCAAAACCAGUAAUUAAAAACAUAAUAAAAA